AAGCACCCACGCCCUCCACGAGCCUUCAGUGUUUGUUGCAGAUCGCUCAGGCUGUGAAAGAGAAGUUCAGACUCUAGAGGUCUCCAUCCUUCAGCAUCCCCUCAUCAUCCACCUAUUCGCCCUCCUCCUCCUCUCUGGCAUUUUGUGCAGCGGAGGAGGAACGGAGGAGAGACCGCUGAGGAGGAGACAGAGGGGACCCUGAGACAACACGUCCCACGCCAGAGCCAGACAGCCAGGGAACUUUGAUUGGACGCCAAGUAUCCUGCGAUGAACGUGACGAUGAAGAGCCAGAGCUGCUCCUCUUCUUCUUCUUCUUCUUCUUCGGAGGUGUAGAUAUGUCGGGCGCGUGCAACAUAUGAUGUCCUUGGACUGGUGCGUUAAAUGAAGCUUUGUCUCUGUGUGGGUCUGCUGGCUGAUGGUGCCGUCGUUGUGCCUGCGCUGACGGCAGUCUGAGCGCAUUGUUUCCAGCUCCGUUACAUAUGGGAUUUCCAGCCGUGAUGUCUGCAAUAUAUCGCUCUUUGUUUCUGGUUCUGUUCAGCCUGCUAUUGGUGGGUGCCCAGACGGAGAUGAAGAAGGUCCUUGGGGACAACGCCACCUUACCAUGCCACCAUCAGUUACCGUCAUCCAACUCUCUUGAUAUCGAGUGGCUGCUGCAGAAGCCAAACUCCAAACAGAGAGUGAUCAUCACCUUCUUUGGAGGCCAGGUGUACACCAAUGAGGCAACAGGGAGUGAGGCCGGCCGUCUGUCCUUUGCUGGGGACUACCUGGGGGGGGACGCCUCCCUACUGAUCAGCGACCUGCUGCUGACCGACUCUGGAGAAUACUACUGCAAAGUCAAGACCGGGGGAAAGUACCACUGGAGCCAGGUCAACCUUAUUGUGCUGGUCAAACCUUCUAAGCCGACGUGUUCGAAGGAUGGCAAAGUCCUGGAGGGCAGUGAUGUCAAGCUGAGCUGUAAGUCCAGCCAUGGAUCUGAUCCCAUCAGCUACAAGUGGGAGCGCGUGCUGGACAACGGCAAGAGUCUGGGCAAACUGCCAAACCUCGCCCUGAUAGACCUCAAGAACCCUGAGAUCGUGACUCUGAGGAAUCUCACCAUGGACAGCAAUGGCGUCUACCGGUGCACAGCGAGCAACGAAGUGGGAGAGGAGAACUGCACCAUUGAGGUCACAAUGGAGCAGCGCAGGGAGGAUGUAGUGAAGUGGGCAGGUGCAGCGGCGGGAAUAUCCCUCGGCGUCCUCGUUGUCAUAUUAAUCGUCUGGCUCGUCUUCCGAAAGAAAGAGAAAAAGAAGUACGAGGAGGAGGAGACCCCAAAUGAGAUCAGGGAGGAUGCAGAAGCUCCCAAGGCUAAGCUAGUGAAGCCCAACUCUCUGUCUUCAUCUCGCUCUGGCAGCUCACGCUCCGGCGCUUCCUCCACCCAGUCCAUGGUGCACAACAGCAUCCAGCGUGGUCAUCGCCCUCGCCCGCCUGCCGUAGCAGCUCUCAAGGAAAAUGGACAGCCUCCGGGAUAUCCUCAGUCCCCACCAGCCUACACUGCUGUGGUGCCCCCCAAGACCCCCGAGCCCCCCACCACUCCCAAAUUCAACCCCAGGAACAUGUCUGGGCCCACACCUCCAACCCUCAUGGUCCCUGCCCAGACCAAGGCCUUUCAGACUGUGUAGGACUGAAAGAUAGCCCUUUCUGCAGCCAUGUGACCCCGCCCCCCCAAGCCCAAGCCCUACAAACCCCCACCCCAAAGACUGAGACUCUACCAUAAACAAAGAAAUGCAACUAGUUAAAGGAUGUAAUUAAAAGAAUCCAUACUAUAAGUCCAAAAGUACUUAAAAUGAAUGCAUACUUAAAAGGGAAAAUACGACAUGCUUGCCCCCUAAUGAAUUACAUAAACCAACAAAACAAAAGAAGAAAACAAGAGCUGAGAUGCAACGCUGUGUCUCAUAGCUAGAGGCAGAACUUAUUUUCUAAGUUCCUGUUUGUGGCUCUGGCAGACACAGGGAAGCGCUGUGUGCAGUGAGGUUGAAGGAGCCCCCCUAGUAGAGCUUUUAUUUAUUUAUCAAAUCAAACGUUAGGCAUGCUGUGGGGGGGGUGAUGAAUAGAUCCCAACUCUGAGCCAAGAACCAGCAGAGUUUUUACAGCUGAAGGAGUAAAGUGCUGGAGUGUGAAACCCAGGUCAGACCAAAGACGCUCUGCCACGUUUCCAUAGCGAUGAGUCUAUCCUUUAGUUUCCACCUGCUUGUCUUGUAGCUCCAUAAAAAUUUUAGUGUAAAAUAUGAAUGAGAUCAACAAUACUGAGUUACAAUUCUACUUUGGUCAUCUUGGUGUGAACAUAAGAUCCAGACUUUGGAGCUGAUGUUUCUAUGAAAAUCCCCCGGCACCUGUGCCAUCCUGAGGCUGAACAUAUCCCCUUUUCUGUGAGUUUAUCCUCGUUAUUUCUGGAGCAGUUAAGUCAGGGGUGUCAAACUCAAGGCCCGGGGGCCAAAUCCGGCCCGUGGCACAGUUACACCCGGCCCACCAUAUCAGAUCAUAUUUUUAUUACAACUGGCCCGCUGGUUUGAGGUCUGCAGAUUUCCUCCAGUUUAAAAAUGUAAACUUAACAAGGAUGAUCUAGAAUUUCCUGUUAAGUCAGAAAAAUUAGAAACAGUACAAAGUUAAAAUAAUGAGUAGAAAGUCAGGAAUGUGGUCAAAUACAUUUCUGUUUUCAUUUCAUAUUCUUAAUUUUGAACCUCACAGUUAUGAUGCAAAGUCAUGGUUUUGAAUUUUUAUUUCAUAUGUUGACCUUUUCAAUUCACAGUUUUGACUUUUAUCUUAUUUUUUUACCUUUAAGAUCCUCAAUUUUAAAUUUUAAUCAAUA